AUGUCGAACAUCAAGGCGGAAGAAACAGGCCACUUAAGUCGGAGUCUUCAGUCCAGGAAAUCAUCGACAAACCUAGAGUACUUCGUAAGGAAACCUAGGAAGGAGAAUAAGUUCCUGAACCCAAAGAGUCACAUGAAACCGAAGGGUACACUUCCCGACCCAGGCCGGGAUAGAGAACCCCCCCAGAAUAAGUACAGGAGUACCAGUGAUUUCGGGAAAGAUGAGACGAAUAAAAAAGUCAACUUGGACAGAGAAACGCAAAAAGGAGGAGUAAGGCAGCCCAAGCAGCCCCUCCUAUCGAUUCUCGACUCUCGAAUAAGGGCAAGAGAGAAACAAGGCAUUUCAGGAUCAGGUUCAAACAUCAUUCCAGAUGAAGGGGCAAGACGGCCAAACCCAGCACAAAGCCUGAGCAAGGCUAAGGAGUAG